GUACGUCACCAACAUGCGUUUCCACAACACGCCCACUAGAAACGUCAUGAUGACAAGUCACCCUUGACAUUUCCUGAAAGAAAAACGACUAUUUACAGUCCAGCAUGAAGAUACAAGUAUCAUGAGAAACCUCUUAUUUUACGGACGUUAGUUCACAGUGUGCUUUGUUGAGAUUACAGUUUCAUUAUAUUGUCUUUGUGGUUGAGAACAGAGAGGUCCCAUCAAAAUGUCCCAGAUGGAGUUCCUCGUCACGAAUGUAGCUGAGCUCCUCACUGCUGCUGUGCAGGAAGCGUUGCAGCUCAUGGGUCAGGCUGUGUUCGAGUAUCAGAAAGAGUCUGCCAGAGCGCGCCUGGAGAAUCAGAACCUCCAGCAGAAGCUCAGAGAACUCCAGGAUAGGACGACUGGGGAUUCCAAUGAAGUCCUGAAAGUCCCCUUUCCCAUUGAUGAGCCGUGUUCAGGGGAGGAUCAUGCGCAGGAAGAUCUAAUUUAUCAUGGAGAUUCAACUGUGAGCAAGCAGCCAGAGCAGCCACAAUGUCUGAGUGACAGUCCUGUUCAUAUAAAGCUGGUUUUAGAUGAGAUUAAUGCAGACAACAGACAUCAUUCUCUGCAAGGACCCUGUGACUAUUCUUUAAAGAACCAAAGACCCCUCUCCAGAGUAAAGAGUAGCCCUCCAAGAAGAAACCCAAAGCCUUUACCUGGCAGCAGAGAGAGUCCAGCAGCCAGCAGCGCUCAGUCACCACUGAACUCAAACAGAAUCAAAGAGGAAUCUAAACCAGAGCCUCUGGCACGUUCUGGUACAGAAGAGACAGACAAUGUGACAACACAAGCUCCUGUGCUUCCUGUGCAAGAUGUUCCUCAAGCAAAUGAACACAACCAGCUGCCUGAUUCUUCUUUUUUCAACAACGUUGUCCAUUAUAACCAACCUAGUAAUUUACUCAAUUCUGCUUCCAAACACAUUCUUAGGUCACGGGUAGAGAAUAUGGUCCAAUCGGGGGGCAUUCACACCACUCCCAGUGUCAGUGAGAGCAGGGAGAUCCUGCACAGCUGCCACGUGUGCGGUAAGACGUUUGCGACGCCCUCCAGCCUCGGAGCACACUUUGUGUGCCAUUCAAACGAGAGACCUUUUGUGUGCAAGUGCUGCAAGUUCAGGUUCAGUCGUUUAGCAGAUCUGAAAAAGCACGAGCGCAUUCAUACAGGAGAACGGCCAUAUAACUGUUCGCUCUGUGGACGGAGAUUCAACCGAACAGAGAACCUCAGAAGACACUUGAGGAAGGUUCAUUAUGGAGCAGUGCUCUGAGCAGCAGUUAUCUUAACAUGUUGACUUUGGAUCCUCCAACAAAAUCAUUGCUUAUUCAUAUCUGAAAAAAAACUUUAUAGUCACUUAGUCCAUUGAGACUGUUGUCUCCCACUUUUGAUAUAUGUUGCCAGCUGUUUCCAAUAUCCAUGAUGUAUUUGAAAUCUGAUAAAUGCAUACUGUAUUAUCAAAAAUAUUUCAAAUGAAAGUACAUGAUUUGUGGGAAAAUUCUUGUUUUGAAUGUUGUAUUUAAAGCAAUGUUUUUGUGUGUGUGUGUGUGUGUGUAAAGUGUAUAAAUCUGCACUCUUUCAGCUGUGCAGCUGAGCUCUUGCAAAUCAUUUAAAACUGACAGAUUUUUCAAAGUGAAUACCAGUGGAAACCAAAACAUCCAUAAUCCACUUCUUUCAUAAUUCACUUCAGCUUCUCUUUUUGCUCCAUUCCACACGCCAUUCAUUCCAGUCCAAUAGUGUCCAGUCUGUUUGCCACUUUGCUUGAUCCAGUUCUGACAAACAAAAGUUACAAAAAAAUAUUUUUUUUGUCUUUCAAUGAAAAAUUUAAUGGUAUAAUAUACCUAUAACUUUUAGGAAUGUCUGAAAAAUGUCUUAUGACUCUGUGAAACUAACUCCCAUGGGUUUGGAAAAUAAAACCGUGUCAGAGACCCAAGGGUGGCGCCAUAGUUCAUUUUUGACAGAAGUGAAAACAAGGCUGUGAGGGACAGAAGAACAGUGCAUUUGAGGGUUUGUGCUGUUGUUUAAAAACAUACUGACAAUUCAGCUGACAAAACUGCUACCCUUAAAGACAGCCUUGCUUUCAUCUUUGUUAAUAUUAACAUGGUGUCUAACCUGACAGAGGCUACCAUCCCCUGAUAAGCAAGCGUAACCAGUACAACACAUCUAAAGAUAAAUAUGAAAUCAAGGUCUUUCUUUUACCAUAAUUUAACAAUUGCUUACCCUUAGUGUAUGAGAGCUGCUUGAGUGCUUCACUCAGAGAGGACACAUCCUGCAGCACAGCACGAAGACACAAGGCCUGACAUGCUGCCAUGAUUUCAUCAUGCACUGAAGCAUCGCUUCCCAGAAAAACACAGACUGUACCUGGUAAACAAUGCAGCUCAUAAAUGUGUCAGUGCUGUUCUGUCGGAGUAAUAGCUAGGCAUAAAUUCCCCAAUAUCUUUUCAGAUCAUGUUAUUAUGUCUAACGUCUGUUUAUAAAGCAGGAUUGGGGAGUUUUUCGUACCAUUUUUGAUUCCAAUGAGAUACGGUUUGCUGUUGUUCAAUGCCAGCUGCAGAUGGCCUUUAAGUCAAAAUAAAUCAUUUUAAUAUUCAA